AUGGUAUUACCCAGCAGCAUGUUAUCUUUAUCACGAGAUGAGAAGUCUAAAGUAUGCAAGUUCUUGAAAGUGGUUAAGGUUCCAAAUGGUUAUUCUUCCAAUAUAUCACGGUGGGUGAAGUCGGAGGAUCGUAAAAUUAAUGGAUUAAAGAGUCAUGAUUCACAUAUUUUAUUGGAACAACUACUUCCUCUUGCAAUUCGUGGAGUCGUGCCAAGCAAUGUCUAUGAUGCUAUCACCGAGUUAAGUAUUUUAUUCAAAGAAUUGUGUUCAAAAACACUAAGGGUUGAUGUGUUGGAUCAACUUGCAGCUCAAAUUCCAAUAACACUGAGCAAAUUAGAAAAGAUAUUUCUACGACCAUUUUUUGACGUUAUGGUUCAUUUAGUCAUUCAUCUUCCAAGAGAGGCUAAGCUUGGCGGACCUAUACAAAAUAGGUGGAUGUAUCCUAUUGAGCGAUUUUUACGCAUAUUGAAAUGUUAUGUUCGUAAUAGAAAUCAUCCGGAAGGUGUAUGGCAGAAGGGUAUAUUGUUGAAGAAUGUAUAAUACUUUGCUCAAGGUAUUUACAUGGAAGUGCAAAAUGGCAUAAUCGAAUGGACAAGAAUCAUGAAGUUGAUCAUGCUGAGAAAUAUAAUGGAUUAUCAGUAUUUGAACAAAAGGGUUCUCCAUUAUUAAGAGAUACAUCAAGAAAUCUUGAAGAAUCUGAGCUAAAACAAGCUCAUCUUUAUGUCUUGAGAAAUUGUGAAGAAGUUCAACCAUUUCUACGGUAUGUUUUGUUAGCUUUCCCUCAUCUCUUACCGUUAUUUUUGAAGUUACCUCGAACUAAAAAUUCAUUAAUGAUUUUUUUGUUUAACAUUGUUCUAAGUGAGCAUGUUGUGCAUUUGCCAAAAUAGAUUUCUCAUUUAUCUGAAUCAUGUACUAUUCUUUCCAUGAAAAAUCCUGAUUCUUUAGUUUUUGAUAGUAAAGUCUCAUUACCUAACAUCAUCAAUUUCAUGACAUGAAAAACAAUGGUGCCAAAUGGUCUCCUACUGUUUUCAUUUUCAUAACCUCUGCUAGUAUAAGGAAAUAGUGAAAGGGAUUUUUACUUUUUAUAUAAUUAACAUUUAUUUGUAUAACAGUGAA